AUGCCGCGGGCUCCUCGCAAGUUCAUCCUUCCCGAUCUCGUCUCCCACUGCCCAUAUCCGCAACGGCUCAAUCAACAUGCGGCGACGGUCUCUCGAACAUCAGAGUCCUGGUUGCUCGCGGAAGCUGACUUCUCCACGACCCGCAAGGAAGCAUUCCUAGGCCUGCGCGCAGGCUUACUCACUGCCGUAUGCUACCCAGAUGCCGAGGCAGAUCAGCUUCAGGUCGUGUCGGACUUCAUGAGCUUCCUGUUCACCCUGGACGACUGGUCAGACGCGUUUGACGCGGACGACAACUAUGGACUCGCGCAGUGCGUGAUGUGUGCGCUCGAUGACCCCGUGGGGUUCCAGACCUCCAAGGCUGCAGGGAAGCUGGCAAAAAGCUUCUUUAGCCGGUGUCGCCGGACCGCCGGCCCUGGGUGCACGCAGCGGUUCAUACACACGAUGGACCUUUUCUUCCAGGCGAUUGCCCAACAGGCCCGGGACCGGGCGCGUGAAGACGUGCCUACCCUCGAGGAGUACAUUGCGCUGCGGUGGGAAACGGGUGGUUGCAAGCCGUGCUUCGCGCUCAUCGAGUAUGCCGCGGGCAUCGACCUUCCGGAGGAAGUCAUAUCGCAUCCCACGAUCCGUGCUCUGGAAGAAGCGACGAACUCCUUCGUAACGUGGUCCAACGACCUCUUCUCGUAUAACGUCGAGCAGGCUCGGCGGGACUCCCACAACAUGAUCGCCGUGAUCAUGCACCGGCAGGACCUGGGCCUGCAAGAAGCGGCGGACGCCGUCGGAGUCCUGUGCAAAGCGUCCAUCGAUCGCUUUGAGCAAGAUCGAAGGCUGCUCCCGUCCUGGGGCCCCGAGAUCGACAGGGACGUUGCGACAUACGUCCAGGGCCUGCAGAACUGGAUCGUAGGUUCCCUCCACUGGAGCUUCGAGUCUACGCGGUACUUUGGCAAGGACGGCUUGUCAGUCAAGAAACACCGCCUCGUUAAACUCCUCCCGAAGCACGACGACCGUCGUAAGUCACCUUCCGUUUGCAGCGUCGCCGCGCGGCGUCGCUGGCCCAGGACCGGUCUGUCAAGUUGA